AUGACUGAAAGGACCCCAUGGUGGAAGGCAUUCCUGCCAAAGAGGAAGAGUGGAGGCUCCAAGGACACAGGUUCAGCCCACACUUUUGGCGCAGACUUUGACCCUUUUGCACAACAGGCUGAGAGGCCAAAAGACCCCGCACCAGCAUCCUCUAAGGCCACUGGUGAUCAGUCUCAGUCUCAACAAGAGUCCAACAAGAACUCCAGCCUCAUCAGUGAUGAAACCUAUGACGACUCACUCCUGCAGUCAGUCUUCAACGAGCAGACAUGUCGCAGAAACAUGAAGGUGUCCCGCUCAGGUCGAUUUAAAGAGAAGAGGAAGGUGCGUUCAAGCCUUCCUAUAGAGGAGAAAGACACAGAGAAUGCAGCAGCGGGGAAAGAAGACAGACGGUGA